AUGGGUCAUGUUCAUGCCAAGGGUAACCUACCCUUCCUGGCCUUGGUGACAGAGUUAGUUGCUGCUGCUAGUGUUCCCCGAGAGACUAAAGAUCGAAAAGCAAUAAUUCCGGUAGAGGGCGACGUGGUUCCAAAUGGAAAAUAUCUUAAGCCUCCGGCGGAACACAAAACCCUUGAGAUAGCUGCCCCCUCGGUUAAUUCCACCACUUCUUCUACAUCACAAGGAUCUUCCCAUCAAAGGCUUGAAGACCUCCAUAAGAAGAUAGAUAGAUAUGAACGGCGGAACCAACGCCGGUAUGCUUACAUCAAGAAGCUUUUGAGUUGUGUGAAUCCUUCUGUGGAAGAACCGGAGAUCUCCACAUCCACCUCGUACUUAAGUGAAGAAAGCACUCGUGAACAGAAUAGAGGAAGUUCCAAACCCGACCACCACUUGCGCCUUGCUAGAACUGGGAAGACAUUCAUACGGAGGACUCUUUCUGCUUAUUUAAGAAAUGGUGGGAACAUUGUUCUUAAUGUUGCUUCAAGUGGCAUUGCUUCUUUAUUACUUCCUAAUGGUCGUACUGCUCACUCAAGAUUCAAGAUACCAUUAAGCAUAAACGAGGAUUCUGUUUGCAACAUAAAGCAAGGCACUCCUCUUUCUAAGCUGAUAUGUAAGGCAAAGCUUAUUAUAUGGGAUGAGGCUCCAAUCUUAAGCAAGUUUUAUUAUGAAGCUCUUGACAAGUCUAUGAAAGAUAUUCUUAGAUUUGAGCCAUCAUUUAAUGCAGACCUUCCCUUUGGUGGCAAAGUUGUUGUACUUGGUGGAGACUUCGGGCAGAUUCUUCCGGUAAUACCAAUGGGCUCGCAUCAAGACAUAGUGCAAGCAUCCAUUAGUUCUUCUUAUCUAUGGCAAUUUUGCAUAGUCUUAAAGCUUUCAAAGAAUAUGAGACUUACUGUUGGAGGUACUAUUGAAGUUGAUAAUGAUCUCAAAGAGAUUGCACAAUGGUUAAUUCAAAUUGGUGAUGGGUUGGCAGGUGAUUCAACAGAUAGUGAGUCUGAGAAUUUAGUUACAUUUGUCUACCUAGAUUUAUUGAAUUCGGACUCGUUGUGUGAUGAAGAGGGCAACAUGGAAUAUGAGAUGGAUGCUAUCAAAACUGAUGUGUUGAAUUCGAUAAAUUGCUCAUGCUUACCUAACCAUCAGUUGAAACUCAAAGUUGGUGUAUCUGUUAUGUUGUUGAGGAAUAUAGACCAAAGCAAUGGACUUUGUAAUGGUACUCGAUUACAGGUUCAAAGAUUAGGUUCCAACGAAGACAGUUUCCUCUUGUAG